AACUUUGUCCCUUCAUUAUUUGAGCUCCAUAUCGCUACUGCCCAGUCGCGCUACGUUUAGAGCGAGAGAAAGAGGGAGAGAAUUCAGACUUUUAUUGUGACUCCGUAGUAGGCCACAGCACAACAGAAUAUUUAGUUGUUGUGUGCGAAUUAGUUGUUUAUCGAUUUGAUACAUAAUAUUUGACUGCGAGUUUUGGUUGCAGUUCUGAAAUCGGGGAGUGUCGUGGCGGGUGGAAAUCAGGUUUGAGGAAUCAGUGGGAUGUGUUGAUCUGUUCAUGAGCGCAGCGCAUUCUUCCGAAAGAAGGCUGCACCUCACCAACCCAUAACAGCACGUUUAACCGCGGAGCUAAGAUGAAACCACCCCUGUUCCUGCUCUGGGAGACUGGGCUAGCUCUCUCUCUGCUCUACUCCACUGCACAGUGUGGAGCGACCCAGAGCCAGACCCAGGGUGCCGUGUUCCUGCCUGAGUUUGCUCUGUCCCCUCAGGGAAGUUUCCUGGAGGACGCUACCGAGGACCAGUUCCUUACCUACAGAUAUGACGACCAGGCGUCUCGUAUGACUGGAUCAGAUGAGGACGGGGACAGUGGCUGGGAUGCAUGGGGCACCUGGAGCGACUGCUCACGCACCUGUGGAGGAGGGGCCUCUUACUCUCUACGCAGGUGUCUCAACGGAGGGAACUGUGAAGGCAAGAAUAUCCGCUACAGAAGGUGCAGUAACAUGGACUGUCCCGUCGAGUCGGGAGACUUCCGAGCCCAGCAGUGCUCUGCCCACAAUGACAUCAGGUACCAGGGCAUGGUCUACGAGUGGAUUCCCGUGCCCUAUGAACCCUCGGCUGCGUGUGCCCUGCGGUGCCAGGCGCGGGGGAGGAGCCUAACGGUGGAGCUGGCGCCUAAGGUUCUAGACGGAACACGUUGCCGGGCCGACGCCCUGGAUAUGUGCAUCAGUGGGGUCUGUCAGGAGGUGGGCUGUGACAGACAGCUGGGCAGUGGUGCCAGGGAAGACAACUGCGGUGUGUGUGCCGGCGACAGUUCUACUUGUCGGCUGGUCCGGGGCCAGGCGCUGCCUCACGUCUCACCGGAAGAACGUUUACAACUGCUGUGA